AUGGAAAAAGAAAAAGUACUAAUAAUUGGAGCUGGCCCUGGUGGACUUGCGCUUGCGCAGAUUCUUCGCAGGCACAACGUCGCGUAUGAGAUCUUCGAACGAGAUGAUAGCCAGCGAGGCCGGAAGCAAGGAUGGGCUGUGGCCUUGAUUGAUUCUCUCCAUGACCUCCGCGAGCUUCUUCCUGCGGAUCUUGGAGAUAUACGAGUGACCAGUGUGAACAAUGGUAUUCCAGAUCUCGACGUCCUGACGCUGCUGGACGGUUCUACUGGGGAGCAUGUUGCCAGCCUAGGUGGGGUUCCAAUCAAUCAUCCUGGCUAUGUCCUUCGUGUGGCGCGUGAACGUCUCCGCGACUACCUCUGGGCCAAUAUCACAGUCACCACAGGCAAGAAAUUCUCUCACUACGAAGAGGACGAAGACAGUGUUGUGGCGUUCUUCGAGGACGGAACAUCUGCACGAGGCUCGGUUCUUGUUGGCGCCGAUGGAGCUCAUUCAUAUGUCCGAAGUCAAUUACUGGGCCCCAACCAUCAACCCGUUGCCAGCAGCCUUGUACCAAUCGUUGGCGAAUGUGAAUUACCUCGAAACCUAUACGAACCAAUACAUGCACUCGGAUCAGCUGCGAUAAUAUCAAGUAGCCCCGGCGUGCGAUACCUGAUCGGCUUGAGAACGAUCAAACCAGAUCGAUCAUCUGCCAAUUAUUACUAUGCACUAUGCUUCUACAGCGAAACCCCUGAAGUGGACUCGGUCUGGGCACAGACGGCAAGCAAAGCGGAACUUUAUGAGAAGGCGGUUGAAAUCACCAAGGACAUGCCACCAAUCCUGAAAAAUAUCAUCAAGUACACUGGAGUUGAAAACAUCCUCACUCCACCGCUCAAGUUCCUUGAAUUUACACCACCUGGACAGAUCCCAAACGGCCGUGUGACACUACUGGGCGAUUCUGCUCACAGUAUGAUUCCCUUUUGUAUCGCAGGCGCAAAUUCGGCGAUUCAAGACGCGUGCGAUCUGGGUCGCAUCCUGGCGCAGCAGAAAAUUAACCACAAGGAGGAUUUCGAACAGGCAAUUCGUGAAUAUGAGAAGUUGAUGCUACCUCGAGGACGCAGAAAUGUGCUUCAAAGUCGAGCGGUCGGGGAAAGUGGAAAUUUGAUGAGCAUGGUAGAGGGCAAAGUGAAUACCAAAGACUUGCUAAUGAAUCCCGGUGCAGCUGCGAGACUAUGA